GAUGUGGUUGAGAUUGGUGAAAGCCGGAGGAAAAUAGGAGAGGUUCUCAGGGUGAAACUUGCUGCUUUAGCAAUGAUUGAUGAAGGAGAACUUGAUUGGAAAAUAGUUGCAAUUUCAUUGGAUGAUCCAAUGGCUUCACUCGUGAAUGAUGUUGACGAUGUUGAAAAGCAUUUUCCAGGCACCCUUACCGCAAUUAGGGAUUGGUUCAGAGACUACAAGAUACCUGAUGGAAAACCUGCUAAUAAAUUUGGCCUCGGCAACCGGCCAGCAAAUAAGGCUUACGCUCUAAAGGUCAUCGCAGAGACCAACGAAUCCUGGAACAAACUUGUCAAGAGAUCCAUUCCUGCAGGUGAGCUCUCACUUGUGUGAGAUUGAUGCAUUGGUAUUCGAUAUAGUGGUCACUGCUGGUGCUGGUGCUGGUGCUGGUGCUGCCUUCAUUCUUUGGAACUCUGUCCCCUAUGUUAUCAUUUCACGAACUCUUCUUCUGUUGGGCUUUCUGGAUAAAUCUAUCUGUUUUAUAUCAGUGCUUUUUUGUCCCACUGUUUAGUUAGAUAUAUAUAAUCUUAUCCAUCUUUCUCUAUCAUACAUUGUACAUUUUUAUUAAUUA